CGGGUUUCAAGCAGCAUGAAUCCUCUGCUCAGUACCUUGUUAUGCUCACUGCUGCUUCUUCUAACCCUCAGAAUUCAGGAGCUGAUAGAAGCUUGCAGCUGCGCCCCUGCACAUCCCCAGCAGCAAAUCUGCGAUUCUGCUUUAGUGAUUCGAGCAAAAAUUUCCAGUGAAAAAGUGAUUGCAUCAAGUGAUGAUCCUCUUCAUACUCACAAAAUGAUCCGGUAUGAAAUCAAACAAAUAAAGAUGUUUAAAGGAUUUGAAAAGUUGAAAGAUGUGCAAUAUGUCUUCACACCUUUUGAUUCAUCUCUCUGCGGGGUAAAAUUAGAAGCUAACAACAAGAAGCAGUAUCUCCUUACAGGGCAAAUUUUAGAUGAUGGCAAAGUUCUUAUCCAUUUAUGCAAUUACAUUGAGCCGUGGGAUGACCUGACCUUCUCCCAAAAGAAAAAUCUAAAUCAAAGAUAUCAAAUGGGCUGUGGUUGUAAAAUUUCUACCUGCUACAUGGUGCCCUGUUCCAUCACUACACCAAAUGAAUGCCUGUGGACAGACUGGCUGAUAGAGAGGAAGCUGUACGGGCAUCAAGCAAAGCAUUAUGCCUGUAUCAAGCGCAGUGACGGAACAUGCAGUUGGUAUCGUGGUGGCCCUCCUCCAGAGAAAGAGUUUGUUGACAUCAGUGAACCAUGAAUGAUGUAAUUUCUUUCAAUGCCCCAGGGGUUAAGUCCACCUAACUCUGUGGCUCACUGCUGCUUUGAACUUCCAACAACUGUCUCUUGCUUAGAAACAAAAGCAAAUUGUGCUGUGCAAAUACAGAGUUUGUAGAAUUGGCAUUCAGACAAGAAGAUAAAUGAGUCUCCUGGAGGUAGCUGCUCUCUAAAGUUCUUUUCACAGAGGAGUGAUAUGUGGGAACACUUUUUUAUUUUCUAAGAAUAAUAAUUUUUAAAUCAAAUUGAAUGUACCCAUACAAAACAAGACGAUUCAGCAAAAUUUGGACCUUUCUUCAUGUUAAUAAGUUGAACAAAACCUUGUUUUAAUCCAAAAUGGUAUUUCUAAAUCAGGAGGUGGGAAAAAUGUUUUCUAUAAGCAGUGUUUUGGAGUAGAGUCCUGAAACAAAACAGCUUGGAUUCUGUAUAUGUAAGAUAUAUAACAGUCUGAUGUAAAAAGUCUCAGAAAUUAAUUUCCCUAUUUCCAAUGAUGUGUGUUAAAUGUGAUAUGUAUUCCAUUUAAAAUAUUUUUACUUCAUUUUUCUUUAUGCUACUUACUAUGUCUCAUGUAGUACUAUUAAUGUUCUGAAGAAUUUGUUCAUAACACACCUUUGAUGAUCUAAAGCAGAUCUAAUGUAGUAAUCCAAUGGAUUGGAAUAUGCCAUAAAGCAGAAACUAAGGUUGAUUGUGCUGUUUGUAACUUUUAUGACAGUGCACCACCCAAGGGGAAAUAUUUGUGUAAUAGAAAAUAUGGUUGAUUGUUCUGUUAUAUAAUUAUUCUAACAUUGCACCACCAAAAGAGAUAGCACGGCAUGCUAUUAUUGGGCCAAGGAACUCAAGGCUUAAUACCCUGGUAACUAUGUAUUUCCAUGAACAAGGAAACUGAAAGGAGAAAAGCACAAAAAACAGAAAUGUUUGUCUCCUCUCCUCACCACUUCUCAGAAUGUCCCCUAAGCCGGUUCUCAAAGUUUGCUAAAGAAUACUCUUUUUAAUAAUAUAUCCCCCAAAUAUCAAUCUGAUCAUUAAAACCUCAUUUUAUAUACUAAAAUGCAUUGAAAUGAUUCUCAUCAUUUCAAUAAAAUAGGCAAUAUUUUAUCUUUUAAGGGUUGGGCAAGCACAUCAGUAUUUCUACUCUUAAGCAAUAAUUUGAAUGAGAAACAGCAUGUUAAAAGUUUCAAAACUUGCCACUGAGAUUUUUAAAAUGAUAAUGGUACAGGGAAAGAUUGGGUUACAAACCUAAAUGGAAUUAAUGCGCCACCUGAACAUGAACAUGAAGAAAUCA